AUGGCGGCCGCGGCCUCGCCGGGCUCCUGCUCGUCCAACUCCUCAGACUGGAUUGUACUGAGAGACGGUUGCCUUCGUUGUGACGAGGAGGGCCUGCGGAGCCUUUCCUACCACCCGGCCCUUAACGCUAUCCUGGCGGUUACUAGCCGGGGCAGUAUAAAAGUAAUCGACGGCACUUCAGGGGCCAUUCUCCAGGCCUCGGCCUUGCAUGGUAAGUCAGGGCCAAGGAACUAGCUAACUGUUUUAGCUAGGUAUCUAACAAUCAGGUGAUUGUCAGAACAAUCAGAUGAAACGACACUGGUCAACAAUGUAACGUUACCUUGGGCCUGCUGUGGGGGUUGACUUGGGCUAAAUUAGGUAGCAAACUAAACGUAAACGUUAGAAUUUAUCGUGAAUCACUUGCUAAACAAAUAUUUUUUUGUUAUCCGAUUCCUAUAAAAAUAACUUGAAUACCUAAGUAGCUAGCUAGCUAACAUAGUUAGCUAGUUACAUGUCUUAGACUAGUCAUGCUGUCAAUACGUUUUGCUAACUAACUAGCUAAUGUCAACGUUAGCUAACUAGCGAUUUGUUAUGAAAACAGCUCUCGGACCAUGAACUAACUGGCUAAGCUAGCGAACACGCUAACGUUGUAUAACGUUUCGUGUCAACGUUCAAUCAAUCGUUAAUGUGCCUAAUUAGUUAGCUAUUAUGACACUUAACAACUUUCUUAGAUAGUUAGCCUCUAUGAAUGGGGUAGGUAACAUGUCACUAGUUCAUGUUAGUUACCUAGCUAGAUUGUAGUCAGUGGUAGCUACCUAGCUAAUUGUGAUGACACGACUCCGCCUAGCUAGCUAGCUAACAUUAGUGAGCUAACGUUUCGUUGGCUGUGUUGGGCCAAGGAAGCAAAAUGUGCCCAUUGUGUGACGGCUGGCUAGCUAACGGAGUUAGAUAGCUAUCUGUAAAGAAAGUGUUUGAGGACUAAUUCAGUCACAUUACUUACAAUGUGCCGUUUCAAUUAACUAACGUUAGCGAGCUAACGUUACCCCGGUGAAGUCACAUUCGUUAGUUGGUUAACGUUAGUUGGCUACAUAGCUAAUAACGUUAGCUAGCUUGCUAGCUAAGAUGUCAAUUAAUCGGUGAACACCGGCACCGCGCAUACAUGUCGCAGUAAAUGUUAGCAAGCUUGUUAGUAAUAGCUAGGUAGUUUAUUGUAUACUAUUGAUCUAGUUAGGUACUUGGCUAGAAAGGUUAUGAAAUGUGUUGCUAUUCCUACUACGCAGAACGAGCGAGUAUGCAAUGCCUGUUGGCAAUCUAACGUUAGCUAAUAACGUUAAGUUAGUGUUGUAGCUGUAACAUUUUGGGAGGAAAAUGGUUGACAAUAGUGAAUAUGCUUGGCUUUAGUGUUUGUGACAAUUUAUAUUUUGACGAUGCCAAACAAUAGAAAACAUUGGUGUUUGUUCUUCAACGUGACCCCCGUCUGUAGCUACAUUGAAUCCAGAGGCUGGUGGGAGGAGCUAUGGGAUGACGGGUUUUGCCCUAGCACUACACAGCUGACCUUAAAAUUACUUGAAUCAGCUGUGUAGUGUUAGGGCAAAAACCGGAACGUGCACCCCUUGGGGUCCCGAGGACAGAGUUUGGUUAACACUGCAUUACAUGCACACAAUAAUGCAAUUAGUGAGUAUGGUUACAUGCACACAACAAUGCGAUUGUGUAUCGUCAUGCUCUGCAAGAUUAACGAUUUCCCUAAUAAGCCUGUUUACAUGGACACUUAAAUCAGGCACUCUGAUGAAUGCAGAAAAUCGCCAAUCAAAAUAAACGUGCUACCACAGCAGACAUGUUAUUUUUGGGAAGCAUAUUUAAUUCUGAGUUGGGACAUAAAGUUUGUACAGUGCAUUCAGAAAGUAUUCAGACCCCUUGACUUUUCACUCAUUUUGUUAUGUUACAACUUCAUUCUAAAAUUGAUUAGUUUUCUUCCAUCAUCAAUCUACACAAUACCCCAUAAGGACAAAGCAAAAACAGGUGUUUUAAAUUUUUUGCACAUUUAUUACAAAUAAAAACCUGAUCACGUUUACAUAAGUAUUCGAACCCUUUACUCAGUACUUUGUUGAAGCGCCUUUGGCAGGGAUUACAGCCUCACGUCUUCUUGGGUAUGACGCUGUACAGAGAUAUUCCAUCGGGUUCAAGUCCGGGCUCUGGCUGGGCCACUCAAGGACAUACAAAGACUUGUCCCGAAGCCACUCCUGCUUUGUCUUGGCUGUGUGCUUAGGGUCUUUGUCCUGUUGGAAGGUGAACCUUGGCCCCAGUCUGAGGUCCUGAGCACUCUGAAGCAGGUUUUCAUUAAGGAUCUCCCUGUACUUUGCUCCGUUCAUCUUUCCCUCGAUCUUGACUAGUCUCCCAGUCCCUGCCGCUGAAAAACAUCCGCACAUCAUGAUGCUGCUAGCACCAUGCUUCACCGUAGGGAUGGUGCCAGGUUUCCUCCAGACGUGAGGCUUGGCAUUCAUGCCAAAGAGUUCAAUCUUGGCCUCCCGAGUGGCGCAGUGGUCUAAGGCACUGCAUCGCAGUGCUAGCUGUGCCACUAGAGAUCCUGGUUCGAAUCCAGGCUCUGUCGUAGCCGGCCGCGACCGGGAGACCCAUGGGGCGGCGCACAAUUGGCCCAGCGUCAUCCAGGGUAGGGGAGGGAAUGGCCGGAAGGGAUGUAGCUCAGUUGGUAGAGAAUGGCGUUUGCAACGCCAGGGUUGUGGGUUCGAUUCCCACAGGGGGCCAGUAUGGAAAAAAAAAAAAUUAAAAAAUGUAUGCACUCACUAACUGUAAGUCGCUCUGGAUAAGAGCGUCUGCUAAAUGACUAAAAUGUAAAAAAAUCUGACCAGAGAAUCUUGUUUCUCAUGGUCUGAGUACUUUGGGUGCCUUUUGGUUAAGUCCAAGCGGGCUGUCAUGUGCCUUUUACUAAGGAGUGGCUUCUGUCUGGCCACUCUACCAUAAAGGCCUGAUUGGUGGGGUGCUGCAGAGAUAGUUGUCCUUCUGGAAGGUUCUCCCAUCUCCACAGAGGAACUCAGGCCACUGUGUUCUUGGGGACCGUCAAUGCUGCAGAAAUGUUUUGCUACCCUUCCCCAGAUCUGUGCUUCGACACAAUCCUGUCUCGGAGCUCUACGGACAAUUCCUUCGACCUCAUGGCUUGGUUUUUGCUCUGACAUGCACUGUCAACUGUGGGAUCUUAUAUAGACAGGCAUGUGCCUUUCCAAAUCAUGUCCAAUUGAAUUGACCACAGGUGGACUCCAAGUUGUAUAAACAUCUCAAGGAUGAUCAAUAGAAACAGGAUGCACCUGAGCUCCAUUUUGAGUCUCAUAGCAAAGGGUCUGAAUACUUAUGUAAAGAAGGUAUUACAUUGUUUUUUUUGUUUUUUAUUCCAAAAAUUAUAACCUGUUUUUGCUUUGUCAAUAUGGGGUAUUGUGUGUAGAUUGAGUACAAAAAGAAAAUGUUAUCCAUUUUAAAAUAAGGCUGUAACGUAACAAAAUGUGGGAAAGGUGAAGGGGUCUGAAUACUUUACAAAUGCGAACUACUUCCAAGAUGCAUACGUUCAGUUGUUACGAACUUACUUCACUUGCGCUAAAGAGGGAGCCUCGCUCGUCAAAUACACCACUGGAACGCCGAUUUAAGGUGUUUACAUGUCCUAAUAAUUCAAAAGAUUGCUCAGAAAACCAGGUGUUUUAAUCGGCACAUGCUUACUUCGAUUUUUACCGUAUGCAAAUUAAGGUAAAGUGUUUACAUGACUAUUGCAUAAUCUGCCUCCUGCCAUAAUUAGUUUAAAAUCAAAUUAUUAGUGUGCAUUUAAACGUAGUCAUUGUAAUGGCUGGAAUGGCAUAAAUGGAACAGAGUCAAAAAUGUGGUUGCCAUAUGUUUGUGUUUGAUACUGGUCAAUUUAUUCCAUUCCAGCCAAUACAAUGAGCCCGUCUUCCUAUAGCUCCUCCCACCAUCCUGAGGACAAACAUCUGGGUGUAUUUUGAUUCCCUUCUCCCCAGGAUUUUUUAACAAGGUGGUGGUGCUGCAGAGUAUGAUGGGCAGUGACCCCCUUUGGACACAGAGAUUUGUAUGUUUUUGAAGACCUGUAACUGCCCUUUCCUGCAAUCUAGAGCAAAAAAUACUAAAUUAGGGUGUGGUGCCUGGCCUUAAUUGAUAACAAAGUAAAUCAAUAAUGUCUCCUGAGUGGCGCAGUGGUCUAAGGCACUGCAUCGCAGUGCUAACUGUGCCACUAGAGAUCCUGGUUCGAAUCCAGGCUCUGUCGCAGCCGACCGCGACCGGGAGACUCAUGGGCGGCGCACAAUUGGCCCAGCGUCGUCCAGGGUAGGGGAGGGAAUGGCCGGCGGGGAUGUAGCUCAGUUGAUAGAGCAUGGCUUUUGCAACGCCAGGGUUGUGGGUUCGUUUCCCACGGGGGGCCAGUAUAAAAAAAUAUAUAUGUAUUCACUAACUGUAAGUCGCUCUGGAUAAGAGCGUCUGCUAAAUGACUAAAAAUGUAAAUGUAAAUGUAAUAAUGUAGUAAAAGUAUUUAGACUUAUUUUUUACAUAGUGUUGCAGCCAAUCCACAAGGUGGCACACUUGAGUGAACUUACUACAGUAGUAGCUAUCAACUGAACCUAUUUGCUGAACUGAAGUACUUUACCCUUUCGUGGCUUUUAGUGUUUUCGUCAAUGUGGAAUCUGCUGUAAAAUGACUUGCAGAGGAGGUUCUACCUUCAGCAAAUCCAUCUUUCCACCUUUCGUCACCAUGAGUUUUAUUUCUUAGUUUCUAUGCAUUUUGAAUGUGGCACACUAAUGGCGCGUGCACACGUUGCAUCAUUACAUUGCCGUACGAUACAUUUGACGUAGUCUUCACAAACCAGGCGCAUCACAACAAAAAGAAUCACGCUACACAUUUAACACAUUUUUUGGUGGUUUAUCUACUGAUUUUCCUGAUACCGAAUGUCAAAGCAAUGCAAAAAUGUUGAAAAUCUGACUCUGGGGAAGUAGAUAAAAGGCAUCAUUGCCAAAAUCUCGAAGUAUCCCUUUAACAUUGAUUCUGGGAAUUGCCUUAAUGUCAACAGUGGAGAUUAACUGAACCAACAAACAGAUUGAGUUUCUGAGAAUAUCACUUUGUCACAGACUUAAAGCUUCCUACAAAGUCUAAGGCCAAAAUCUGUAUUACUCUUUGACUCGAGGUCAAAGAUCACAUGCAAGGAUGAGGAAUUGUUUUUAUACAGACUAUUUAGGAAGGCAGGUUGUCUCACUUAGAAUCUUGAAGUGCCACACAGUUUUGGGGUGGUGGGUGCAUGCGGAGGAAUACUAGGCCUAUAUAGUAUUUAUUUGCAGUGAGGAUAAUUAGUAUGUGAUGAUGAAUUCCAUUGCGAAAGUUGAUUAAUCUAACCUUAACAGCCCAAUUUUCAUCUAGGUGACCCUAAAGGUCAUAUCGUCAUCCAUUACCGUUACUACAGUGCGUUUUGCCUCCAACCUAUAUUUUGGCAAAUUAUGCACCACUGGCAGGAACAAUCUUCAGUCUUGUCCAUUUAUUUUAUUCCUUGUACUGCUAAUUGGCUCAAAAUUAACAAUUAGACUCCGGGCACAAGGGAGGCCCUUUUCCUGGUCCAGGUCUUUGACAGCCUCUUCUCUUUAGUGGCUGACACUGCAGCAUUUCUUACGCACUACAGGUGAAUUGGAAUUGUAGGCAACAUGUUGAUCAUGUUGCUUGUCCUCUGAGGACUGCUCCUUGGCAGAGGACAGAAUCUCAGAUGACAGUCAACUACAUUCAAAAAUGUAUAUCUUGACUUUGGAUCAUAUGGCUUGAGUGAAUACUGUAUUAGUGUAAGACAAGUGCGCUCAUCUGCCAUAAUCCACCGAUUCAUUGUGUGUAAAAUACAAUGCUUGGGCUUUCUGUUAGUAUGGCCACUUAAUCCUAUACAGUACAUUCGGAAAGUAUUCAGACAGUUGACUUUUUCCACAUUUGUUACAUUACAGGCUUAUUCUAAAAUGAAUAAAAUAAAAGAAUCCUCAUCAAUCUACACACUACCCCAUAAUGACAAAGUGAAAACAUGGUUAAAAACAUAUACCUUAUUUACAUAAUAUUCAGACCCUUUGCUAUGAGACUUGAAAUUGAGCUCAGGUGCAUCCUGUUUCCAUUGAUCAUCCUUGAGAUGUUUCUACAACUUUAUUGCAGUCCACCUGUGGUAAAUUCAAUUGAUUGGACAUGAUUUAGAAAGGCACACCUGUCUAUAUAAAGUCCCACAGUUGACAGUGCAUGGCAGAGCAAAAACCAAGCCAUGAGGUCGAAGGAAUUGUCCAUAGAGCUCUGAGACAGAAUUGUGUCAAGGCACAGAUCUGGGGAAGGGUACCAAAAUAUUUCUACAGCAUAGAAGGUUCCCAAGAACAGUGGCCUCCGUCAUUCUUAAAUGGAAGAGGUUUGCAACCACCAAGAAUCUUCCGAGAGCUGGCCGCCCGGCCAAACUGAGCAAUCGGGGGAGAAGGGCCUUGGUCAGGGAGGUGACCAAGAACCCAACGGUCACUGACAGAGCUCCAGAGUUCCUCUGUGGAGAUGGGAGAACCUUCCAGAAGGACAACCAUCUCUGCAUCACUCCACCAAUCAGGCCUUUAUGGUAGAGUGGCCAGACGGAAGCCACUCUUCAGUAAAAGGCACAUGACUGCCCACCUGAAUGACAAGCGUCACGUCUGGAGGAAACCUGGCACCAUCCCUACGGUGAAGCAUGGUGGUGGCAGCAUCAUGUUGUGUGGAUGUUUUUCAGCGGCAGGGACUGGGAGACUAGUCAGGAUCGAGGGAAAGAUGAACGGAGCAAAGUACAAAGAGCUCCUUGAUGAAAACCUGCUCCAGAGCGCUCAGGACCUCAGACUGGGGCCAAGGUUCACCUUCCAACAGGACAACUACCCUAAGCACACAGCCAAGACAACGCAGGAGUGGCUUCAGGGCAAGUCUCUGAAUGUGCUUGAGUGGCCCAGCCAGAGCCCGAACAUCUCUGGAGAGACCUAAAAAUAGCUGUGCAGCGACGCUCCCCAUCCAACCUGACAGAGCUUGAGAGGAUCUGAAGAGAAGAAUGGGAGAAACUCCACAAAUACAGGUGUGCCAAGCUUGUAGCGUCGUACCCAAGAAGACUUGAGGUUGUAAUCACUGCCAAAGGUGCUUCAACAAAGUAUUGAGUAAAGGGUCUGAAUAUUUGUGUAAAUGUGAUAUUUCCAUUUGUUUGAAUAUACAUUUGCAAUUUUAAAAAACUGUUUUUGCAUUUUUAGGGUGUGUGUAAAUUGAGGACGUUAAAAAAAGUAAUAUAUUGAUAUUUUUAGAAUAGGGCUGAAAGGUAACAAAGUGGAAAAAGUCAAGGGUUGUGGAUAUUUUCAGAAUGCACUGUAUGUAGCCUAUUGUUCAUCCUUAUUUCCCAGAGUAAUGGCAAUGGGGAGUAACUUGAACCAGGUUGAAUUAGCAUUUUACAUUACAGCACAGAAUGAAGUGGUAAUAACAUAGUAAAUGCUACAAAAGGCUUUAGGGUUGUUUUUGGGGGGGGGGAAUUCAUUGUGAGUAGCUAACAUUACAGUAAUAAUAAUGCUACCCAAUAGAAAACACACGUUUUGUCAAAUGUUAAUAGGCUUUCCAUUUUCAUGCGUCGAUUGUAACCGCAACAUGCAAGUUCAGCUCAUCAAUGUUUCAAAGACUAACUUAAAAGAUUUAGUCUGUUUUAUCUGAUUAAUAUGAUGGACUUAAAUGAUGGACUUACGAUCUGACAACAAAAGUCCAGCCAAUGCUAUGUCUCAGAAGCUACACCACUCUAAUACCCUGAUGUUUGUGUUUCCUAGCAAAACCUGGAGGCCGUGUAAGGUGUCAGUACUUCCCUGCGGUAGACAAGGUCCUCUUCGUGGAUGACUACGCAGUGGGCUGCAGAAAGGACUUGAACGGCAUCCUGCUGCUGGACACAGCCCUGCAGGCCCCCGUGGCCAAACCAGAGGACAUGGUCCAGCUAGAGCUGCCCGUUACAGAG